AUGAACGUCAACAUGUUCCAGGCCGGGGACAAUGUUCUUCGUGCUGACCAGGAAGAAUGGGCGGUCGAGCCUCGCCAUGUGGAAGAAUUGCCUCUUCCUGCUGAUUUCUUCUGGGGAACAGCUACUGCUGCUUACCAGAUCGAGGGUGGUGCUGCUCAAGAUGGCAAAGGAAAAUCUAUUUGGGAUACCUUUAGUCAUCUUGAGCCAUCACGAACCAAUGAUGAGAAUGGUGAUGUGGCCUGUGAUCACUAUACUCGCAUGCUUGAAGAUUUGGACUUGAUGGCCUCGUACGAUGUCGACGUCUACCGUUUCUCCAUUGCCUGGUCUCGUGUUAUCCCACUGGGUGGACGAAAUGACCCUAUCAACGAAAAUGGCAUUGCAUUCUACGGAAGACUGAUCGAUGGUCUUUUGGCCCGCAAUAUCGAGCCUAUCGUUACCUUAUACCAUUGGGAUGUGCCACAAGAGCUCUAUGACCGCUAUGGAGCAUUCUUGAACACAGCCGAGUUUAAGGCAGACUUUGAGAGCUUUGCCAGGUUGUGUUUCUCUCGGUUUGGUGAUCGCGUCAAGAAAUGGUGUACGUUCAACGAGCCGUACAUUAUCUCAAUUUUUGGUCAUCACAGCGGUGUCCUUGCUCCCGGUCACAGCGCCGCCGCUGGACAUGAUUCACGAAUAGAGCCAUGGCGUGUCGGACAUACUAUCAUUCUGUCCCACGCGGCCGUUGUGGAUAUGUACGCGACAGAGUUUCAACCUUCUCAAAAUGGGGUUAUCUCCAUCGUGCUGAAUGGUCACUUCUAUGAGCCAUGGGACGCAGCUAGCGAGGAGCACAAAGCUGCGGCCCAACGCAGACUGGAAUUCUAUAUUGGCUGGUUUGGGGACCCCAUCUUCUUGGGAAAGAAUUACCCCGCCCAAAUGCGGGCUCAAAUGGGGUCUCGACUACCUGAGUUCACCACCGAGGAGAUGACCCUUCUCCGCAAGACUGCGCCAUCCAAUGCCUAUUACGGGAUGAAUCACUACUCCACUAAAUUCGCCCGUGCCCUUCCGGGCCCACCAACCGAGGAUGAUUGCACGGGGAACGUGGAGGAGCUAGCAACCAACAGCGAAGGAAAGUCCCUUGGACCCGUGUCGGGCAUGGCCUGGCUUCGUGUCGCGCCUGAUGGGUUCCGAAAGCUUAUGAACUGGGUCUGGGAUCGAUACCACUUGCCAAUCAUCAUCACCGAGAAUGGCUGUCCCUGCCCUGGUGAAAGUCAAAUGACACUGAAUGAAGCAGUCAACGAUACUUUUCGGAUUCGGUAUUUCGGACUCUAUCUCGAUGCAAUUUCCCGGGCCAUUCAUGAAGAUGGUGUCGUGGUUCAAGGGUAUUGCGCGUGGAGUCUCAUGGACAAUUUCGAAUGGUCUGCUGGGUAUGGUCCGCGCUACGGUAUCACACAUGUGAAUUACGAGACUCUGAGGCGAACUCCUAAAAAGUCCGCAUCAUACUUGGAGAAAUCGUUCAAAGCACGCCGCAGAGGGCAAUAUUAG